AUGUCCGAGAAUAACACACACUUCUCAUUUCCAAAGGAAGAAGAAAAAGUUCUAGCCCUUUGGGAUGAAAUAGAUGCUUUUCAUACUUCAUUAGAAUUAACAGAAGACAAGCCGGAGUUUUCCUUCUUUGAUGGGCCUCCAUUUGCCACUGGUACUCCUCAUUAUGGUCAUAUCCUUGCUUCCACUAUUAAGGAUAUUGUUCCAAGAUACGCUACCAUGACAGGCCAUCAUGUGGAAAGAAGAUUCGGUUGGGAUACACACGGUGUUCCAAUUGAACAUAUCAUUGACAAGAAAUUAGGUAUCACUGGCAAAGAUGAUGUCUUCAAAUAUGGUCUUGAAAACUACAACAAUGAGUGUAGAUCCAUUGUUAUGACUUAUGCCAGCGACUGGAGAAAAACUAUUGGUCGUUUGGGUCGUUGGAUUGAUUUCGACAAUGAUUACAAGACUAUGUACCCAUCCUUUAUGGAGUCCACAUGGUGGGCUUUCAAGCAACUUCACGAAAAAGGUCAAGUUUACCGUGGAUUCAAAGUCAUGCCUUACUCUACUGGUCUAACCACUCCUUUGAGUAACUUUGAGGCUCAGCAAAACUAUAAAGAUGUCAACGACCCAGCUGUUACCAUUGGUUUCAACGUUAUUGGUCAGGAAAAAACUCAAUUGGUCGCAUGGACCACGACUCCAUGGACUUUGCCUUCCAAUUUGUCGUUAUGUGUUAACGCUGAUUUCGAAUAUGUAAAGAUUUAUGACGAAACCAGAGAUCGUUAUUUCAUCCUAUUAGAAUCUUUGAUCAAAACCUUAUACAAGAAGCCUAAGAACGAAAAAUACAAGGUUGUGGAGAAGAUUAAAGGUUCUGAUUUGGUUGGUUUGAAGUAUGAACCAUUGUUCCCAUAUUUCGCCGAACAGUUCCGUGAAACUGCUUUUAGAGUUAUUUCAGAUGAUUAUGUUACUAGUGAUUCCGGUACUGGUAUUGUUCAUAACGCUCCGGCUUUUGGUGAAGAAGAUAACGCUGCUUGUUUGAAGAGAGGCGUCAUAUCAGAAGAUUCCGUCUUACCUAAUGCUAUUGAUGACCUUGGUAGAUUCACCAAAGAUGUUCCUGAUUUCGAGGGUGUUUAUGUCAAGGACGCUGAUAAGUUGAUUAUUAAGUAUUUAACUAAUACUGGAAAUUUGUUAUUGGCAUCCCAAAUUCGCCAUUCUUACCCAUUCUGCUGGAGAUCCGAUACCCCAUUGUUAUACCGUUCUGUCCCAGCUUGGUUCGUUCGUGUUAAAAACAUUGUCCCUCAAAUGUUGGAUUCUGUCAUGAAAUCUCACUGGGUUCCAAACACCAUCAAGGAAAAAAGAUUUGCCAACUGGAUCGCUAACGCCCGUGACUGGAACGUUUCCAGAAACAGAUAUUGGGGUACUCCAAUUCCAUUAUGGGUUUCGGACGAUUUCGAGGAGAUCGUUUGUGUUGGUUCUAUCAAAGAACUGGAAGAAUUAACUGGUGUGCACAACAUCACCGACUUGCAUCGUGAUGUCAUUGACAAGUUGACAAUUCCAUCCAAGCAAGGUAAGGGUGACUUAAAGAGAAUUGAAGAAGUUUUUGACUGUUGGUUUGAAUCUGGUUCUAUGCCUUAUGCUUCUCAGCAUUAUCCAUUUGAGAACACUGAAAAAUUCGACGAAAGAGUUCCAGCUAACUUCAUCUCUGAAGGUUUAGAUCAAACGAGAGGUUGGUUCUACACGCUAUCUGUCUUAGGUACCCAUCUAUUUGGCUCUGUUCCAUACAAGAACGUCAUCGUCUCUGGUAUUGUCUUAGCUGCUGAUGGUAGGAAGAUGUCCAAAUCCUUGAAAAAUUACCCUGAUCCAUCUAUUGUUCUGAACAAAUAUGGUGCGGAUGCUCUAAGAUUGUACUUGAUAAAUUCACCUGUUUUAAAGGCUGAAAGUUUGAAGUUCAAAGAAGAAGGCGUUAAAGAAGUUGUUUCAAAGGUUUUGCUACCAUGGUGGAACUCUUUUAAAUUUUUGGAUGGUCAAAUUGCCUUGUUGAAAAAGACGUCCGAUAUCGACUUCAAAUUUGAUGAUUCUGUGAAAAGUGAUAAUGUCAUGGACAGAUGGAUUUUAGCCUCUAUGCAAUCUCUAGUACAAUUUAUUCAUGAAGAAAUGGGUCAAUACAAAUUAUACACCGUCGUUCCAAAGUUGUUGAAUUUCAUUGACGAGUUGACUAACUGGUACAUUAGAUUUAAUCGUCGUCGUUUGAAGGGUGAAAACGGUGCUGAGGACUGUUUGAAGGCAUUAAAUUCUUUAUUCGAUGCCUUGUUCACAUUUGUUCGUGCCAUGGCUCCAUUCACCCCAUUUUUAUCAGAAAACAUUUAUUUGAGACUGAAGGAGUACAUCCCAGAAUCUGUCUUAGCACAAUAUGGUAAGGACGGAAGAUCAGUGCAUUUCUUGUCUUACCCAGUAGUUAAAAAGGAAUACUUCGACGAAGCCAUUGAAACUGCAGUUUCGAGAAUGCAAUCUGUUAUCGAUUUGGGUAGAAAUAUUCGUGAAAAGAAAACUAUUUCUUUGAAGACCCCAUUAAAGACCUUGGUCAUCUUGCAUAGUGAUGAAUCAUACCUAAAGGAUGUUGAAGCCUUGAAGAACUACAUUAUCGAAGAAUUAAAUGUUCGUGACAUUGUUAUCACCUCUGAUGAGGCCAAAUAUGGUGUUGAGUAUAAAGCAGUUGCUGAUUGGCCAGUGUUGGGUAAGAAGCUGAAAAAAGACGCAAAGAAGGUGAAAGAUGCCCUUCCAUCAGUCACUUCUGAGGAAGUACGGAAAUAUUUGGAAACUGGAAAGCUAGAGGUCGCCGGUAUUGAGUUGGUUAAAGGUGAUUUGAACGCUAUUAGAGGUUUACCAGAAUCAGCGGUUCAAUCUGGGCAAGAAGCUAGAACCGACCAAGACGUCUUAAUCAUCAUGGAUACAAAUAUUUACUCCGAAUUAAAGAGUGAAGGUCUCGCAAGAGAACUGGUCAACAGAAUCCAAAAGUUGAGAAAGAAGUGUGGUUUGGAAGCCACCGACGACGUUUUAGUGGAGUACGAACUAGUUAAAGAUACUAUCGACUUUGAGGCCAUUGUCAAAGAACAUUUUGAUAUGUUAAGCAAGACUUGUAGAUCCGAUAUCGCCAAAUAUGACGGCUCAAAGACGGACCCAAUUGGUGACGAAGAACAAUCUAUUAAUGACACCAUUUUCAAAUUAAAGGUGUUCAAAUUAUGA